ACACAUUUCAAAGCUUCAGGAUCUUGAAAGGUUUCACUCUGCUUCCUGAAGACCUGAACACUGCUCCCAUAACGCCAUGGCUUGCUUUGGAUUCCGGAGGCAUGAGGCUCGGCUGGACCUGCCUUGUGGGACCUGGCCCUGCACUGCCCUGUUUUCUCUUCUUUUCAUCCCUGUCUUCUCCAGAGGGAUGCAUGUGGCCCAGCCUGCAGUGGUACUGGCCAGCAGCCAGGGUGUUGCCAACUUUGCAUGUGAGUAUGCGUCUUUGGGAAAAGCCGAAGAGGUCCGGGUGACAGUGUUGCGGCAGAUUGGCAGCCAGAUGAUUGAAGUCUGCGCCACAACGUACGUCGUGGAGAAUGAGUUGACCUUCCUGGAUGAUUCCACCUGCAUUGGUACUUCCAGUGGAAACAAAGUGAACCUCACCAUCCAAGGACUGAGGGCCAUGGACACGGGGCUCUACAUUUGCAAGGUGGAGCUCAUGUACCCACCUCCCUACUAUGUGGGCAUGGGCAAUGGAACGCAGAUUUAUGUCAUUGAUCCAGAACCAUGCCCCGAUUCUGAUUUCCUCCUCUGGAUCCUUGCAGCAGUUAGUUCGGGGUUGUUUUUUUACAGCUUCCUCAUCACAGCUGUUUCUUUGAGCAAAAUGAUAAAGAAAAGAAGCCCUCUUACUACAGGGGUCUAUGUGAAAAUGCCCCCAACUGAGCCAGAAUGUGAGAAGCAAUUUCAGCCUUAUUUUAUUCCCAUCAAUUGAGAGACUAUAAAGAAGAAAGACCGUUUUCUAAUUUCUAAGAGCAGAGGCAAUUCUAUCUUUUUGCUAUCCAGUUAUUUUCAUUUGUUUGUGUACUUUGGGGGAGACUAAUCUCUCUUUGAUGUAAAGCUGGAUGCAGAACCCAAAUUAAGUGUACUACAGUUUAAAGGAAAGGAGCAGAAAAACAGAGCCAGGAAGUUUCUGUCACAUCAGAUCCAAUUUUAGUAAAAACAUUACUUGGGAGCAAUAUGCAGAUGCAGCAUUAUGAUGUGGAACCAAGGAAAUAAGUUAGGGGAUGGUACAGUCCUGGUAAAGCAAAGGAAGGUAGUAAGGGUGCGGGUGAUAUUAUAUACACCUUGUAUUUACACAUGAGAAGUUUGUAGCUGAAAUGAUGUUUUCAAGUUAAAUUUUUAUGCUGUGUUACUUUUCUUAACAAGUGUAUAAUCAAAUGACUAGUUUAAAAAUACUCACAUGGCUAUAUUUUAGCCGGUGAUUCCAAGGGUUGUAUUGUACCAAUAUGUAUUUUUUAUUUGAUAGUAUUGUGCAUGGGGCCACAUGUGCUGUUGUGUACUUGCUGAUAGUUUGAAUAUAAACACUAUAUGGCAGUGUCUUCCCACCAUGGGUUCAGGGGACGUUGGGUGAAGGGCUCAGGACACUAAUACACCAGGUAGAAUAUAAACUCACCUGCUAACUGGCUUGGAAACUGGAUGAGGUCAUAGCAGAUUCUUGUAGACAUGUUGGGCUGAAUUGGUGUUGACAUGUGCUUUGGGCUUUUAUGCUAGCUCCUUUUAAUGGUUUGCAAGGAAACCAAAGCUAGUGAUAAUCGAGUUAACUUGAUAGAACACCACUGUGGAGAGAAUGGUUCAUUCCCACAAUCCUAUGGGUGUGAACUUCAAGGAAGCUCUAGUUACAUGGGACCCCAAUUCCUUACACAUGGUUAACACCACAAACAGAAAAAAGAAGCAGGUAGCAUAACAGGGUGCAUUAAGGUUUCUGAAAGCUAACACUGUUGGUGUUUUUAAACUCAAUAUUUUCCAU